AUGGGGUGGGCCGCGCGGUUCCUGACGGCGGCGUCGUUCCUGGCCGCGGGGGUCCUCUUCGCGCCCGACGCGCUGCCCCUCGGCGGCUCCGGCGCCGCGGCGGCCGCGAGGCUGGUCCACGUCCUCUCCUUCGCCACCGCCUGGGGCGCCGGCCUCUGGGUCACCUUCAUCGGCGGCAUCGUCAUGUUCAAGUACUUGCCGAGACACCAGUUUGGGAGUCUACAGGGGAAAAUGUUCCCGGCAUACUUCAUGUUGAUAUCAGCUUGUUCAGCGAUAUCCGUGGCAGCAUUCGCGUACCUGCACCCCUGGAAGACAGCAUCAACCAUCGAGCGCUACCAGCUUGGAUUCCUUAUUUCAGCCCUUGGAUGUAACCUGUCCAACCUUUUGGUCUUCACGCCCAUGACCGUUGAGAUGAUGAUGAAGAGGCACAAGAUGGAGAAGGACCUCGGCAUCGGCACCGAGGUCGGGUACUCGAAGAACGCAGAGAUGGCAAAGAGGAACCCUGCGCUGGCAGCGAUGAACCGGAAGUUCGGGAUGAUCCACGGGCUGUCGUCGCUGGCCAACAUCAUGGGCUUCGGCAGCCUGGCCUUGCACUCCUGGUGUGAACGAUUGCAUUGCAUCAACGCGUACGCAGGAAUUCUGAAGCUGUGUCACCAGCAGGGUCCAGGGCGUCCGAGUAGGAUGUUGCGGCGGGUGGACUUCACCAUGAGUUCCAAUGGGUGGUGGGAUGAAGACCAGGGAUCCAGCAGGCCGCAUCAACGCGUCCACAGGACGUCUAUGCAUGCUGCUAUGCUGUCAGAAGAUUGUGUGUCGUCGUCACAACCACCGGAGCUGGAAGACGAAUCAUCCCAAACGAAAACCGCCAACAGGGAGGGGCCUAGUGUUGAAGCUGGCGCCGAGUAUGGUUGCUUUCUCGCUGCGGGAGAAGGUCCUGCCGUUGCUGCUGCUGCUGCUGCUGGCGGUGGUGCUGGUGCUGGUACUAACGCUCCAGAGGAGCAGCAGCGCCGCGCGCUCCCCUGCUCCCCGCCGUCGCCGCACUACCACACCCUCGCGGCGCUGCUGCUCCUCUCCUCCCCUCGGCCGCCCGCGCUGCCGCUCCUCCGCCUCCUUCCUCCCGAUCCCCCACCCCCGCUGACGCUCCUCAACGCCGCUGUCAAGGCACUCUCCGCCUCCUCCUCGCCGGACGAUGCCUUCCGUCUCCUCUCCACGCUCCGCCGACUCCACGCGCCUGACCGCCUAACCUUCCUGCCCCUCCUCGGUUGCGCCUCCUCCUCCUUGCUGCUCCUCUCCGCGCUGCACUCGCUCCUCCUCCGCCUCGGCUUCCUCUCACACCACCCCAUCACCCUCGCUCUCCUCAAGCCCUACCCGUUACCGCACGUCCGCGCCUUGUUCGACGAUAUGCCCCAAAAUAACAAGUGGACCGUCGCCUACAACACCCUCAUCACGGCCUGCCUUAAGGCCAGGGACAUCCGCGCCGCACGCCACCAGUUCGACGAAAUGCAGCGGCACGGGCGAUCCAGGAGGAGCGUCGUUUCCUGGAACCUUAUGAUCACCGGAUGUGCACGCCGUGGACGAGAUGACAUGGCAGUGCAGUGUUUCGAGAGGAUGGUCAGGGAUGGAGAGGUGGCUCCAGAUGAUGGGACCUUGGUGGCGGUGCUCCCGGCUUGUGGGAGGACGGGGAAUGUUGGGGCAGGGAGGUGGGCGCAUGAGUAUGCGAGGAAGACUGGCUUGUUGGAUGGUACAGUGCAUGUUGCAAAUGCAGUGAUGGAUAUGCACUGCAAGUGCGGUGAUGUUGAUAGUACACAGGAGGUGUUUAUGACAACACGGCAGCGCAGUGUGGUGAGCUGGAACGCCAUGAUCGCUGGGUUCUCAUUGAAUGGUCACGGAGUUGAGGGGAUUGAUCUGUUUCAGGAGAUGAGGAGGCAUGGAGUGGAGCCUAAUGCUGUGACGUUCUUGGCAGUGCUUGGAUGCUGCGCGCAUGCUGGGGCAGUGGAUAUUGGGCGGGAGAUCUUCCAGAGCAUGCUGUCGGAGCAUGGCAUUGAGCCAUCAAUUGAGCAUUACGGGUGUAUGGUGGAUUUAUUUGGAAGGUCUGGUCUCCUUGAGGAGGCGCACGUACUGAUUCAGGGGAUGCCAAUGAAGCCUAAUGCUGCGAUAUGGGGAGCACUUUUAAGUGCAUGUCGUGCUCAUGCUGGGCUUGGCAUUGCUGAGGUGGCUCUGAAAGAGCUUAUCAAUCUUGAACCAUGGAACUCGGGGAACUAUGUGUUGUUGGCCAAUCUUUAUGCGGAAACAGAGCGGUGGGAGGAGGCAGGGGAGGUGAGGAAAUUGAUGAGGAGGAUGAGUGUGAAUAAGGCUCCAGGGCAGAGCUUAAUGGAAGAAGCUGAGUUUCAGUUGACAAAUUCAUACCAAUAG